AUGACAACGGAGGUGGCGGGUCGCAACAUCAUAGUCGCAGUCGACGAGUCCGAGCAAAGCUUCUACGCCUUGCAGUGGGCGUUUGACCACAUUAUCCGGAAGGACGCCGAUAAGACGAUACUCGUCACAGUGGAGACGCCCAUUACCAGUAGCGCAGGAGCGUUCGCGAUUCCAGAGGACAACGAGCUGAGCGUGGAGGACGACAAGGAGCAGGAGACGAAGAGCGUCGCCGAGAGGGCCGAAGCCAUCUGCAAGGAGAACCAGGUGACAAGCGUGACGAAGGUGUACCAGGGCGAGGCGAGGGAGGCGAUCUGCCAGGCGUGUGAGGAGAACGAGGCGAGCAUGCUGGUGAUUGGCAGCCAUGGCCACGGGCCCGUCAAGAGAAGCUUCCUCGGCUCCGUCAGCGACUACUGCUCCAAAUACGCUCGGUGUCCCGUGGUUGCUCAGGCGGCGGACGUCCUAGCUUCGGGCAGGUUCCGAGCCACAGUGCUGCCGGACCUGCCUGCUCCGGCAGGCUUCAGAGAUUUCUUGCAGCUGCCCCUCUCUCUGCUUCCACUCCCCUCCUCGUCCUCUCCCCCUCCUACCUCCUCCUUUCCCCCUCCUACUACCUCCUCCGUUCCCAAUCCUCCUGUCUCUUCCCUCACUUUCAAUACAAGCACUCUCGAUGCGUCAACUCACAGUCAAGAGGUUCCCUUAGCUGCCAGUGCUGGUAACCAGUCUGUUACCGGCAGCACAACGGGUAGCCAGACCACUCUGAAGGCUCCAGACAGCUCUGUUGCGGUUCCGGCGGUUGCCCAGGUGCUGACGGUGGCGGCGCAGGUGAAAACAACAGAGGCGGUGAGGCAGCAGAUGGUGGAGAAGGCUGUUCAGGUGGCAGGGGGCAGGGAGGGCAGCUCUCCAGGUGCUCUGCUGCUGCUGUCAGGAGCCCACCCCAUGCGCUCGUGGCCGCUCGUGAAUCGUCUCAUGCCCACCAACUCGCUCCACAUGCUGCGAGAAGCACACAGGCUCCGAGAGGCAGGCCAAAUCCCGCAAUGUGUUCAGUUGUGGGCUGUGGAGAACCCUCUCACUGGGUCUGUUGACCGUUUGGAGCACAAGUUGGAGGCGGGAGCGGAGGCCAUUAUACUGCAACCCCCGGUGGUUCCAGAAGCCUUUCAGCAAUGGUGGUGUGCCGCUGAACAGAGAGGCCUCACCACUGCAGUCCCCAUGAUUAUCGGCGUGCCGCUCAUCACCUCGGCACGCAACCUCGCCUUCUGGAUGCUCCUCACAGACGCCAAGGGAGGGCAGGCUGACGCUGAGAUCGCCAGGUAUCGGCAGGAGGAAGAGCGGCUAGCAGGGACGGGCGUGUUGGAUGUGGACCAGUUCCGGGCGUUCCGCCAGCACUGGACGGAGCAAUACCUCACACUUGCGAAGCAGCUCAAAGGGGCAUCAGGAGUGCAUGCCAUGCCCAUCAACCCGCGUGGAUGGAAGGACCUGCGUCGCUCCAUUCUAACCGGCGCGCUCGAACGCUUGCUCGUAUGGGACGUACGAAAGGGCACGCUUCUACAGCAGCUCUCGCCACAGCCGGUCGGCGCCGGCUACAGCCAAGGGGGCGGCGCGGGUGCUGCCGGCAGCGCAGCCGGCAGCGUGCAUGAUGCCGUCCCGGCGGUAGCGGACGUGACGGCGAUUUGCCCGUCGCCGGCCGACGCGACGCAGGUGGCGGCGGGGUACACGGACGGCACGGUGCGCGUGUGGAACAUGGUGGACGGCACGUGUAGGACAAGCCUUGCCGGCCACAGGUCGGCUGUAGCAGUGGUGCGGUACAACGCGGCCGGCGCGCUGCUAGCGUCGGGCGGCAGAGACGCGGAUAUCGUGGUGUGGGACGUGGCGGGCGAAGUGGGGCUCGUGCGAUUAAGAGGCCACAGAGACCAGAGGCACAUCAAGCUCGCCCUCCACCACUGCAUCCACACCCCUAGCCUAACACCCCAUCCCUUCCCUCCUUUUCCACCCCCCUCCCCUCCCCCAUCCCCCGCCCUCAAACUGUCCAGCCGGCCGUCACUGGCGCUAGCUCUGCACAAUAACAGUGUGACGCGGGCGAACAAGGGGGGUUCUUAUAGGAGAAAGAAUGGGGAGGUGAGACGAGGGAGAAACGGAGGUGAGACGAGGGAAAAGGGGAGAGAAAAGGUGAGGGUCGUGAGUGGGAGCAUCACGUGCCUCCCUCCCCCUUUCAUAACCCUCCCUUCUCUGUUCGUCCACCUUCCAAUCCAUGCUGUUCCCUUUACCCAUUCCUCUAUCCCUCCCUCCCUCUCUCCGUCUUUCCCUCACCCUCUCAAUCCUCUCUUCCCCCUCCUGUCUUCCAGAUCCACACGAUUCACGCCGACAGCAGCACCCGGGCGACUUUUGAGUCGACUCAAAAGUCCACACGAUUCACGCCGACAGCAGCACCCGGGCGGCAGCGCUGCAGUCUGCCGGCCAUCGACCAGCUUUGGAGUCGACUCAGAAGCACUCUCCCCCUCUCCAUCCGCCCAUCCCUCCCCUUCUCUCAGAUCCACACCAUACAUGCGGACAGCAGCACCCGGGCAAUCCACACUAUACAUGCGGACAGCAGCACCCGGGCAGCACAGGUUACUGAGUGGGAGCAUCCACACUAUACAUGCGGACAGCAGCACCCGGGCGGCAUCGCUGCAGUCUGCCGGCCACCGAUCUGACGUGCGCUCGCUGGCACUCUCCUCAGAUGGCUCGCUUCUUUUGUCCGUUUCCAAAGGCUCCGCCAAGGUGUGGAACCCUGUAACUGGAGCUUGCCUCUCGUCCUUUGACUCGGGCUAUGGCCUCUGCUGCCUCUUCGCCCCCGGGGAUAGAUAUGCCAUCGCAGGCACACAAGCAGGCGACCUGGAGGUCUUCUCAGUGGCCAGUGCGGAGCGCACCGCUCUCAUCCAAGCAGCGCAUGACAAGGCUGUGUGGGCCAUGGCUGCCCUGCCUGAUAACACUGGGUUUGCGACGGCCUCAGCAGACGGCUGUGUCAAGUUCUGGGAGUUUCAGAUGCAACUCAAGGGAUCCGAUGCAGACAAGGAUGCGUUGGCAGCAGGGAGGGGAGAGAAGUACUUAACAGUGGUGAACAAGCGCACACUCAAGAUGUCCGACGACGUGCUAAGUGUGGCGUUUAGCCCCGACGGCCGAUACAUUGCUCUCUCGCUCCUCGACUCCACCAUCAAGGUAUUCUUUGUCGACUCGCUGCGUUUCUUCCUCUCGCUCUACGGCCACAAGCUGCCAGCCAUCUGUCUCGACAUCUCAUCCGACUCGCAGCUUGCAGUGUCCGGCUCGGCAGACAAGAGCGUCAAGAUCUGGGGGCUGGACUUCGGGGACUGCCAUCGAUCCCUGUUUGCACACCAGGACAGUGUGAUGAGUGUCAAGUUUGUCCCACGCACACACUACUUCUUCUCAUGCGGCAAGGACAGAAGGGUGCGCUACUGGGAUGCAGACAAGUUCCAGCUGCUGCUCACACUGGACGGGCACCACGCUGAGGUCUGGUCGCUGGCAAUCAGCCCUCUGGGCGACUUCCUUGUGUCCGGCUCGCACGAUCGCUCCAUCCGCCGCUGGCAGCGCACCGAUGAGCCCUUCUUCCUCGAGGAGGAGCGUGAGAAGCAGCUUGAAGCCAUGUUCGAAGCCCGGGCCGUGACACUACCAACCGACGCACGCCGCCCGGAAGGGGGCGACGACGAGGAGGGCGGCGAAGGGGGAGAGGCGGCGGGGCCGGGUGGCGCGGCGGGGGAGCUGGGCGGCGUGGGAGGGGCGGCGAGGGGCACUCAGGAGACAGUUUGGGCGGCAGACUCGAUCAUAGAGGCGGUGGAGCUGGCUUCUAUGGAAGAGGCUCGGAUGGUUCCCUUCAUCAAGGACCCCAGCGACCCCACAUCGCUGCUCCCCUCCUUCCAGCCCAACGUGCUCCUCCUCGGCCAUGCGCCAGCGGCCUUUGUGCUGCGAGCUCUUGCCAGAGUCAAGCCUUCCGAGCUCGAGCAAGCACUGCUGGUGCUGCCAUUCACAGUGGCUCUGCGGAUUCUCCACUUCGCCCCCCACUGGCUGCACCGCCCGCUGCCACAGCUGGAGUUCGCCGCCCGAGCUCUCGUCUCCCUCGUCCGCAUCCACCACUCACAGCUCGUCGCCACGCCCACCGCCCGCCCGCUACUGGCUGCCGUGCACACACUGCUACGGGCCUCACUCAAGGGCGCGGUAGCAACAGUGGGAUGCAACUUGGCUGCCAUAAGCCACAUCAAGUCUCUUCUCGCAUCAUCCCAGGCGUCCAUAGAGGGGGGAGACGGCACGGGUAUGGCAGAGAAGGUGAAAGAGAUCCGAGAGCGGCUGGCCAAAGGGCGCAACGCUGUUGUUGCAGAGAAACUUCAGAGAAACAAGGCGGAGAAGCGCAAGCGCAGGGCGGAGAAACAGAAGGCGAAGAGCUGA